AAGAGCAUGUCGCACAGACAGACUCAAGCAAGAGGUAACAGUAGUUUUUCAUGGAUAAAAGUGGCUUAGAAAUUCAUCGAAAUCACGUUUGCAUGAUUUGAGAUAAAAUCUAGAAAUGAACGGCCAGGCGGACGUCGAAGUUGACUAUAAGCGGAAAUACAAAAAUCUGAAGAGAAAAUUAAAAUUCCUUGUCUAUGAGCAGGAAUGUUUUCAGGAGGAGCUGAGGAGGGCACAGAGAAAACUUCUCAAAGUUUCCAGGGACAAAAGCUUCCUUCUGGACAGACUGCUACAAUAUGAGAGGGUAGAUGAAGACUCCUCUGAUUCAGAUGCAACAGUUUCCUCAGAAAACAGUGAAGGAGAAGGCCCCAGGGAGAGGGAAAGAGAACGAGAGGGAGUAAAGAAGCGAAGAAGUAGUCCUGGUGCAUGUCUUCCUUCGUCAUCCUCCCCUCAUCUCUCGCUGCUGUCCCGUCCUGGUGUUAAUCCUCUGCAGUCGUCAGGCUCUGGACCCUACCUCAACACUAUGCCCUUCCCACCAGAGUAUUUGGCUCCCCCAGCUGAACGAAUGAAGAAAGAGAGAAAAAAGACGCCUAAAAACAAGAAAGAGACUACGGGGAAGGUUGUUGCCCCAAUGGCAGCUAAUUUCCCAUCAGCCACCACGGCCCCUCCAACAGCCAGCGGCCCCUUCAGCUGGGUUCCCAGACAGAUGCUUAGUGGAGAUGCAGCAGAGGAGGAGGGGGAUAGUGAUGGAGACAGCGACAAAGGUGAUGAAGACAGAGGGGAGGGAGACGAGGCUGAACUAGUCAUUGACAUCCCUAAUGAGUGAGCCUGAGUAUGUGUUUAAAUGUAAGUAAGCAGGGGAUAGUGGGGUUGUACAUGUGUGUGUAUGUGCAGGAGCAAAAGUGACUGGAUGUGUUUCUGUAUUCAGCUUCCCAUUCCACAUUUUCAAAUGGGAGACACACUCCCCCCGGUGGACUUUUUCUUAACAGCAGCGUUGCUGUGAAAAAUAUCUCCCACUGAAAUGUGGUUUUCUCAUAUUAUUUUAUCUGUGACAAAAGUACAGUUUGUAAGCUUUUAAGAAGAAAAAUCUACUGCCACAGUUUCAAGCUGCCUGCUGAUCAUUUUUUGUCUCACAGUGCACAAUUGUAACUACAGUUGCUGAGUUAGUAUGAUAUAAAUGUUUGAGAGUUUAAAACAUUGAGUCUUGUUUUCUUGUUACAGGCAGUUUUUAUACCUGUCACAUGAACUUAUACUAUGUUGAUAUGUUUUUUCGUCAGAUUGUCAAAAAGCAGUGGUUUUCUUGAAAAUGAAAAUAUAUUAUUUUUGCACCCAUCAAAUUGUGUCAGAGAAUAAAAUCUGAAAAGUUA